AUGCCGCUGGCUGUGGGACUCGAGGCUCUCUUCUGUGUGAAAGGACAGAGCAAAGAGGAAAAGAAAGGUGGCGAAGGAAGAAGAGGACAGGACGAGGGGAGGAAAAGAAGAAAAGAGUAUAAAGGAAGGGUGGCACUUUCACCCGGUCCGGCUAUCAAUCUGCCUGCUGCUGCAGAGGGAGAGAGAGGGAGAGGUGGAACAAGUGGAGAGAAAGAGAGAGAGAGAAUAGCCAUGGACUGGCCUACGCAUCCUCCUCCGGCGCUGGUUCCGGCUCUGGUGAGCGCUGGAGCGGUUCUGGUUUCCCAUUAUGUCUUCAACGCUGCUGCCCAGAUCCCAGAUCCAGCGCUUUUGCCCACAGACCCCCCACCAAAGCCGGACCCCAUCACCUCGGAGACAGUUGUGUUCUGGGGGCUGCGACUCUGGCAGGUUGUGGGGAUUUUCUCCAUGUUUGUUCUGGCCAUCAUCAUCACACUGUGCUGUAUCUUUAAAUGUCGAGUUCCUCGCACCAAGAAGGAGAUCGAGGCUCGUCACGCGCAGAGACUGGCGGCUAAGACCUACGCUAACACCCUGGAGACUGUUCCUCCACUCAACGAGCUCACUGAGAUACCAGGAGCGGCGAAGGUGGAGGUGAACACGGUGUCGGAGAAAGUGGACGGAGAGAAAGAGAAGAAAGAGAAGAAGGACAAGGAAGGGAAAAAGGGAGCAAAGGAGGGCAAAGGAGAGGAGAAGAAGGAGAAUGAGAAAGAGGGAAAGAAGCCAGGGAAGGAGGGUAAGGGAGAGGAGAAGAAAGGCGAAUCAGAGGAGAAGAAGAGUGAAAAAGGGGGCGGGGCCAAAAAAUCAAAGAAGUGA